AGCUGAUACCUGGGACCCCGAUGUGUAGAGGACCACAAGGUAGUGAGUUUGCGCACAUGACCAGCUGUGUAGAGUAACAUUGUUUGCUUUUGGUUGACAAAAUAAAAUCAUGCCCUAUACAUAGCUUCUCAUUUUGGAACAGCGAUACAAACAUUACCACGGUGCCCUCGUUGCAACCUCAGAGCUCUACCACCUAGCUUCCUUCCACUUAAAACACAUCCACAACAUUAGCUAGAUCCAGCUUGCCAUGGAGAUCGCCAUGGGUGCUAUCGGCCCUCUCCUCCCCAAGCUCGGUGCUCUCCUCGUCGGCGAUUUCACCCUGGAGAAACGCAUGAGAAAAGGCAUUGAAUCUCUUGUGACAGAGCUCACGCUGAUGCACGCUGCCCUCCGCAAGGUGGAGAAAGUGCCACCAGAACAACUCGACGAGGGAGUUAAGAUUUGGGUAGAAAAGGUGAAGGAGUUGUCCUGUCACAUGGAGGACAUAGUUGACGCCUUCAUGGUGCGUGUGGAAGAUGGUGGCGAUCCUGCCAACCCAGAGAAUAGAGUCAAGAAGAUACUCAAGAAGUUCAAAGGAUUAUUCAAGAUUGGAAAGGAUCUCCACUGGAUCUCUGAUGCUCUCGAAGAAGCUGUUCAUCAAGCAAAGCAGUUAGCCGAGCUACGUCAAAGGUACGAGCAAGAUAUGCAAGAUACAAACGCCGGUGCUAGUGUUGACCCUCGCAUGAUGGCCAUGUACACAGAUGUUAUAGAGCUUGUCGGCAUUGAAGAAACACGAGAUGAGUUGAUCAACAUGUUGACAAAAGGUGAUGAUUGGUCAAAUCGUCCAUUGAAGAUUGUCUCUAUUGUUGGAUUUGGUGGGUCAGGCAAGACAACUCUUGCCAAAGCAACAUAUGAAAAGAUCAAAGGGCAAUUCAAUUGUUGUGCUUUUGUUUCGGUUUCUCAGAAUCCCAACAUGAAGAAAGUUUUCAAAAAUAUUCUUUAUGAACUUAACAAGAAGAAGUAUGCACAUAUUCGUAAUGAAGAAUGGGAAGAAAAGCAUCUGAUCGACGAACUCAUUGAAUUCCUUAAUGGCAAGAGGUACCUCAUCAUAAUUGAUGACAUAUGGGAUAAAGAAGUGUGGAAAUUAAUCAAGUGUACUGCUUUCUCCAAGAAGAGUCCCGGAAGCCAACUAAUCACGACAACCCGCAUCGUUAGUGUCUCCGAAGCAUGCUGCUCUUCUAUGGAUGACAUUUACAAAAUGAAACCUCUCUCUGACGAUGUAUCAAGAACUCUCUUCUAUAAAAGAGUAUUUUCUGAUGAGAAAGGGUGUUCUCAAGAAUUGGUGCAAGUAUCCAAAGACAUUUUGAAGAAAUGUGGUGGCAUACCAUUGGCUAUUAUUUCUAUAGCAAGUCUUUUAGCUAAUAAUCAUCGGGGGAAAACAAAGGAUCAAUGGUAUGCAUUGCUCAAUUCCAUUGGUCGCGGACUCAUAGAAGAUCAAAGUUUAGAGGAGAUGAAAAAGAUAUUAUUAUUCAGCUAUUAUGAUCUACCUUCAUACCUGAAACCUUGUUUAUUAUAUCUUAGCAUCUUUCCAGAAGAUCACAAGAUUAUGAGAGGCAAGCUAAUAUGGAGAUGGAUAUCAGAAGGUUUUGUUUAUAGUGCAAAACCAGAAACUAGCUUAUAUGAGCUCGGUAAUAGCUACUUCAGUGAGCUAGUAAAUAGAAGUAUGAUCCAGCUAAUAGGCACUAAUGGUGAAGAUGAAGAAAACUUAGAAGCUUGUCGUGUACAUGACAUGGUACUUGAUCUCAUAUGCACAUUGUCAGCUGAAGAAAACUUCAUCACAAUAUUGGAUGACACUGGAAGAAAAAUGCCUAACUUGAAAAGCAAGAUCCGUAGAUUGUCCAUCCACAAUAGCAACAUAGAUGUGGAUACCACUAGGAUGGCACACGUGAGAUCUUUUACCAUUUUUACAAAUAAUGUUGUUGGGAAAGUGUUGGAUAUUUCAAGUUUUCAAGUUCUUCGCGUGUUGGAUUUAGAAGGUUGCGAUGUUUCAGAUGUUGGGUAUGUGGGGAAUCUAUUGCAUUUGAGGUACUUAGGGCUAAAAGAUACUCAUGUUGAGGAACUUCCCAUGGAAAUAGGGAAGCUGCAGUUUUUAUUUACCUUGGACUUAAGAGGUACUAAGAUAAAAGAACUAUCGUCGAGUGUUAUUCUGCUAAGACGUCUGAUGUGCCUAUAUGUUGACUAUACUAUGAAGCUGCCAUCUGGUAUAGGUAACCUGACUUCCUUAGAAAUGCUAGGUCAACUAGGGGUGUCUGGCUUGGACCUUGAUGCUGUGAAAGAAUUGGGCCAUCUAACCAAGCUCAGGGUGCUGCGGGUUUUAUGUAACUGUUUGGAUGAGGCCUCGGAUAAAGCUUUGGAGGAAUCACUCGGUAAUCUGCACAAAUUGGAAAGUUUAGAGAUAGAGAUAUUUACCGAAGAUGAAUUAAUAAAUUUGUUGAGCAAAGAUUGGGUGCCCCCUCUAACACUCCGUAAGUUGGAUUUCCGGUCAGUCUAUAGUCGGUUCCAGGCACUACCGUUAUGGAUCAAUCCUCUAUCGCUUCCUCUCCUCACCCAUCUUCGUAUCAAAUUGGAUGAAGUGCGGUGGGAAGUCAUCCAGCUUCUUGGAGCGAUGCCUGCUCUUUGUGUUCUCGAGAUAUGGGAUUAUUCUAAGGUCUGUGGGUGUGAAGAGUAUACGGUGGAAAUGCCUGCACUUUCCUCUAGUGCAUUAUUCCCAUGUGUGACAGUGUGCCGCUUCAUUGGUAUUGGUGCCGUGCCCUCUAUGUUUCCACGAGGAUCUGCGCCGAGGCUGAAACAUCUUUUGUUCGCCUUCUCAGCUGAGUGGAUCUCCCGCGAAAACUUCGAUUUGGGCAUGCGGCACCUCCCUUCCCUCCAACGAGUCGAGGUUAACAUUAUCGAUGCAGAUGCGAGUGAAGCGGAGGCUGCGCUGAGGGCCGUGGUGGAGGACCACCCCAACCAUCCAAUCCUUGCCUUUGACAUAUACUAGUCGAUUCAUCAAAUCUCUCAAUCAGGUAGCAUGAGCUAACAAAUGUUUUCCUACGCAUCCUCUCCGGCACAUUGCGUUUGCCAUGCGUUCAAUCCGUCUUCGUUCUGUAACGAAAUGAAGCUCUCAUUUUGUCCAAUCAUGUCUGAAGUCUGAACUCAACAUGGUUUCUAGCCCGCAUUUUCUCCAUGAUGAACCAUUAGCUAUUAUGUACUGAUGUCUGGCUGGUUUGCCUGCUCUCCAGCAUCCUUCAUCACACUCCUUUCUUUGUAACAGCUUUAUUCAGACUCGCAAACUAAAAAACCGCGUUCAGUAUGUACUAUGUCCUGAAGUUACAUCUUGUAUUUGUCAUUUUGGUUUGAUCAAAUAAAUAUGGAGAUCAGCAGUGUCAUUUUUAUUCGCCGGCUUUGCACCUGUAUCAAGUAGUACAUGUUUCUAUUUGAGUAGAACUAGAACUUGAAUUGCUAGCUGUUACAUCUCACAUGUGCUUCGCUGAUGUUUCCUCUGUAGUAGAAGUAUUGACCCUGAACUGACUCUUCUAUCUUUAUACAGGGGAGCAAAUCACAUGAUGCUUUUUUCUAUCUUGCAACCAAAUCGUAUUAGGCGAUGCAUAUGAAGACCAUAAUAUCAUAUGACCCCGAAUUAUCAUAGCAGUACCUUGUUAUGUUGCCCCUCCGAGUUAUUCCAUGGUUACUCUUUUGAACGGUGCGUGAGAGUACUCUUGUUACGAUCAAAGCUACACGCAUUUAUUUUGCUCUCAGCUAUAUUAGUGAUGCAGAUGUCGAUGAUGGCAACCGAGUCGGUUUCAGUUGAUGUUUUGACAGAAAUCUGACUGAAGGUGUAAGGCUGAAGCCACGCCCAAUUCAGUUACAGAUUUUUAGAGAUUACUCAGUUUGUGCAGCGUUUGUUAUACGUAGACACAUU